AACUCGAAGGGAAGAACGGAUAACCGUCUUUAAAAUUCUGUUUUGUCUCGCAGGACUGUCAAAUUUAUUUCUAUAGGUUUUUAAGAGUGGGCUACCGUCAUUAUUAUAUAUUUUUUUAUCCAUGAAAUCCCCCCUGGUUGAUGAAGUUAACCCCCUUUGCAGAAUAGACGAAAUGGAGGAGGAAGGAGCAAUGGAUGGGAUGAGGAGAAAGAAGGGCAAUUACUACUUUAAUCCCUGAAUUGUCCUCCUGCUUAUGCAAUUUUUAAUUUUCUUUAAUUUCUAUUUGUUCAUUCAUUCAACGAAAUUUCUAAAGAUUCGUCCAGGAGAAAUAAACGAGGGUUUGGAUCAAUGCAGAAAGAAUUGGGAUUUCCCUUCAUCAGCAGUUGAUCCAGUAUAAGUGAUCUGAAAGGUGUACAUGGCAUCAGGGAGUUAUGAUAGAGCUGAUUUCUACCGAAGGAAUAGGGAUUACUCGAGACUCUUAGGAGGUUCCAAUUUAGAAGAAAAGGAGGAAAAGCAAGAGGUGGAGGAGGCUGAUUUUGAUUCAAGACCAUCUAGGAGGUCAGCAGCAGAUGAAGAUGCAAAAACAACCAGAGAACGGCAGGAAUAUAUUCAGAGGAGGCAGAAAUUGAAAGAGCUUGAACGCCUAAAGCUUAAAGAGAAAUACACGGGAAUUUAUGGAAGGAAAACUGAAUCUCUUAAGAAUGAAAGUGGGAAUCAGAAUAGUCGAAAUGGAGAAAACAAUAAGAGGAAAUGUCUUCCAAAUGAUAACUUUGGAUCUUUCUUUGGACCCACACAACCAGUUAUUGCUAGGAGAGUUAUGGAAGAAACACGUGCAAAGCUUGAGACAGCACAUUUUUCAGCAAAAGUCUCAAAGGAGGCUCCAGAACCUAAGAAGUCAUCUACAGCUGCAGCAAAGUCUUCCAGAACUGCAGCAAAGUCGUCUACAGCUGCAGCAAAUACAAAAGCUGUAUUUAAAAAGAAACCUGUAGCUAUCAAUGAGGCUAUGAAGAAAGCACAGCAACUCAAAGCAGCAAGGGACUAUUCAUUUCUCUUUUCAGAUGAUAUAGAAAAUCCAGCUCCAGAGAGACAACAGGCAUCGGAAUCUAGAAAUGCUGCUUCAUCGAGGCCAAAGAAUUGUCAACCAAAGCAAGUGGUUAUGAAGAAUUCAAUGGAAAUUAAGAAAGCUCCUUUAUCAAAGUCAAUCUUGGAAAUUAAGAAAGCUCCUUUAUCAAAGUCAAUCUCGCAUGCAACACAAUUUAAAAGCAUGGGAUCAUCUUCUAGACAGAUGCCUACCAAGGGGGAUCCACAGAAAAGCUUGGUUGAUUCGAAGAAGCAAAUAAGGAAGAUUGUAUCUGGAGGUCGGUUGGCUAAUGAAAAUGGUUCCAUACAUCACAGUGCGAGCAAUGCAAAAAUGGAUGCUAGAGGAUGCAGUGAUAAGAAAAGACCACCUUCAAAUCCUGGUCCAAAAGAUGUUAAGGUUGAGCGUCAACAGCCCUUAGUAAAGCAUAAGCAUCAGCAGUCUUCAGCACGGCACCCUACAAGUGUGCAGAAAAUACUUCCUUCAAAUGCUCCAACUCAGAGGUCUCAAGCUGAACAAAGAAAGCCUGUAGCAUCGCACAAAUCAAUGCCUCCAAAGCCAUUAACCAAAUUGGCACCAAAACCAGUACCCAAACUGACACCAAAACCAGCACCUAAACUAGCACCAAAACUAGCUCCUAAGCCAUCUCCAAAACAUGUUCCAAAAUCGGCACCAAAACCUCAGGCAAGGCCUCUAUCUCAUGAUUUGCAUCAUGAUCGUCCUAAAAAACGGUCUAGAGGUUAUAUUUCUGAUGAAGAUAUGGACGAGGGUACAAAUUAUAGGAGUCUUAUCAGACAGAUGUUUCGGUAUGAUCCAAAUAAGUACAGGGAUGAUGAUGAAGAUGAUAGUGACAUGGAGGUUGGAUUUAGCAGGAUACAGGAAGAAGAGAGAAGAAGUGCAAGAAUUGCUAGAGAGGAGGACGAGAGAGAACUGGCACUCAUUGAAGAAGAAGAAAGGGAAGAGAGGGCCAGAGCUAAGAAGCGCAAAUUAAAGCAGAGCCAGCGGUGACUGUUCAAUAAUUUAGGGGCGUUAUUUGGAAAAGAGCUGAUUCUUUGUUUUCAAUUGAAAUUGAAUGGACAAUUGACUUGAAUGUCAAUUUAAAUUUGCUCAAACAAUCUGUAAACUGGUGUUAAACAUAAAAAUUAAAUGUAUAACAUCCACAAAAAGUACAUGUAUCUUUUCUUUCUCACAGAAAAUGUAUGUAGAGAAUAAAUUAGAAAAGUUCGGAAUGCAUAUAUAUAUAUUGGACUUGAAAAUUAAAAAACAGGAGAAGGGUCUUUAGGAGCGGUGCUAUGUAGUAAGGGUGCAUUUUGUAACUACAUAAUUUGUACAUCUUCAAAAUAUUGAUAUUCUUUUAAGCACA